UUUUCCCAUUGCGUUUGUCAUAGCCCCCACUUUAACACAUAAAUAUAUUAUUUGUGUAGCAACAAGAUGAAGCACUUGCCCAAGCCCAGAUACCAUAAGGACAGCGUUCAAAUCAUUAAAAUGCUGUCGGAAAUCAAUAAGCCUGCCAGCAUGACAGAGCUCAUUAAGCAUGUGGAAUUUCACUAUAAACCCCAGCCCGCAGAUCGUGACUUUUGGCACACUUUUGGUGAAAAGCUCGCAAUUGGUGUCACCUGCGGAUAUAUUCUGAAACAGAGCGGCAUCUACUCCCUGGUUAAGCCACGGCCAACCGUCCAACAAAUAUUAACCGAGACCCUGAACCGAACUGAACCGAACACAAAACAAACAACAAAAACCAAAGUCAAAGUAGGAUUAACCACGAUGCGAACCUUCCUAAUGUUGAAGAAUGAAAAACGGUCCGAAGAACGCUUUGAAAAACGCCCCGAAAAGAGCUCCGUAAAACGAUCCGAAGAACGCUCCGAAGAACGUUCCGAAGAACACACCGAAAAACGCUCCAAAGAACGCUCCGAAGAACGCGCCAAAGAACGCUCCGAAGAACGCUCCGAAAAACGCUCCAAAGAACGCUCCAAAGAACGCUCCGAAAAACGCUCCAAAGAACGCGCUGAAAAACGCUCCAAAGAAAGCUCCGUAAAACGCUCCGAAGAACGCUCCGAAGAAUGCGCCGAAGAACGUUCCGAAGAACGCGCUGAAAAACGCUCCGAAAAACGCUCCGAAGAACGCUCCGAAGAAUGCGCCGAAGAACGUUCCGAAGAACGCGCUGAAAAACGCUCCGAAAAACGAUCCGAAAAACGCUCCGAAGAACGCUCCGUCAUUAAGCUGCGUCAUUAACUAUUUGAGCAUUUUUCUCGGACUAAAGACUUGCCUGGUUAUUUGGCCUUCAGAGUUCUCUCGUCUCCUGCCGAACAUUUCAUUCACUAGUAAAUGUGAAUUGAAUUAUUUCUUGUAAUAUUUUCCAAUCACUUUA